AUGAUCGAGCUGGACCAGUCGUCGAAGGAGUACACCAGCUUCAAGAACCUGCUCCGCACGGCGUCCAUGCUGUCACCGGUCGGCCGCAAUUCCAGCUGGGAAGACAUCCCGCUCAAGGAUCCGAUCGUCAAGCAGGCCGCCUGGGCCUACUUGCAGCCGAUGACCCCCUCGGCGGGGGAAGAUUACCCCGGCGGGGGGAUUUUCGGGAUUUUCCGGAGGGCCAAGGAUAACAAGUCUCGAUUUUCCUCGCAUCAGGGUGAGUGCGGGUGCCUCGCGUGGAUGAACGAAGUCGUUGUGAAAGGAGUUCUGCAAUUGCUAUCGGGGAAGAAGAGAAUGGAGAUUUUGCCGGAAGAAGAGGCAGAGAACACCGUCUGCCGAGACGGCGAGAAGGCUGGCUGA